AUGUCAAAUUCAACAGGCUUGGUGGUUGGGUCGGUCAUAUAUUUUGCCCUUAUUUUUGUUAUUGGCGUUCCCCUGAGCUUAUACGUGAAAAAACAUACAAAAGAUCACAGUCAAAGGAAAGAAAAUUUUAAUUUAACGUGGGCACUGGUGGUGAUCGGAGUAGUUAUGAUGUGGCUCUUGUGGCUCUGUGCAUUCUUACACCAGAUGAAUCCUCUUGUAACCCCGAAGAUGGAUUAG